AUGGUUUUGGAGUAUGCAAGCAAGAAAGCUUUUGUAUAUGUUGAGUUAGGUUCAACUUCUUAUUCUAGCAGGUUAUUUGACCUUACAGAGAUAAUAGAUGAGAAAAGUAAUUUUGUAAGUAAUAAUAGCCUAUGA